AUGUCUCGACCUACUCCUGUUUUUUUGUAUGAUAAGUUUAUGACACUUAGAAAGUCUUUUGAAGAUAAAACAAGUGCUAGUAAAGUUCUUAGAAGAAAGAAAAUAGGAAGACUUAUUGAUACUGGCAGAUUAUUGUGUAGAAAAUGGUAUUUAUAUUCAAAACAAUUAGACCCAAGCAAAAUUGCUUGCUACAAAUUAAUAGAAAAAAAUCCUGCUACAAAGUUAAUUUUAUCUGAACAAAAAAAAAUUAUUCACGUUUAUGACGAUCAAUAUCAAUUUCUAUAUUCUACCGAAAGUAUCCAUGAAGCAGCAACACGUUUGGCUCUCUGUCCUACCCUGAUUAAAUUUCAUUUAAAGAAGACUAAACCUUUGAUGGUUAAAAGUUUGGAUAGAAUUUAUUACAUUGUCACUAAUAUUGUAAAAAUUAAGAGAAUGAAUACAAAAAAAAGAGUAAAGUAUCUUAAAGAUGCGAACAUUAUGUCUCCUUCAGAUGUUGAUGUUCCUACAGAUGUUGAGAAUAAGGAAACUUCUGAUGAUUCUGAAAAUUUAUCGUUACCGGAACCAGAAUUCUUUGAUUCUAUUCGUCGUUUUGCCAGUGAUCAUUAUACGAAUUCCUAUAAAUUACCUGAAAUUUUUGGACAAAUGGAUGAAUCUGCCUUAUUGACAAUGGGAGUUUUACUACAAGAAUAUAUCGGAAACAUAUUAUCAGAUAAUUCAUGA